AGAUGGAGCCCGAUGGCUACCGAUGGCCCAUGUUUGCAAAGGCUGCCUCUGCCUUGUUGAAUGAUAACGCAUAGACGAUGAGUGGAGGGGUGAGAGAUGACCAUCAUGGACACUCUAUGUCCCUCUUUGCCCUUCUUCUUGCAGCAGCAAGAACCCCUCUUGGCCGGCGAGGAAGGACAACAGGUGGGCAUCCAUCCAUCUGCAGUUAGCAUCUGCCCGUGUGUUGCGCUUGGUGCAUUCAUUCAGCCUGCCGAUGAGUCCGCGAGUCCGCCACGGAAGGGUUUCUGGGAGGGGCUGCAGCCCGCUGAGGAGCUCGACGAGUGGCCACCCGCAACAGUCGGCACCGCCAGGGCGACAAAACUCCUCAUCCUACUCAUUGUCGUGUAAGCGGCAAGCCACAAUCGACCAACAGCCAUAUGUAUGAUGCUGUCUGUAUGCCCGGGGGUGUGUGCAGCGGUUCCGUUCUCGGGAUUGUCAUAACAUUUUUCAUGGUGAGUGAGUCUGACACACUUGGGGGGCGGAGGGGAAGUGGCAGGCAGCAGCGGGUCACUCACUGACCAAGUGUGUGUCCAUCCAUUUUGAAGGGCAUUCUCCGGGUUGACGUUCAAUAUCGCUACCACAGCUCUCUCCCCGCACCAUCUGUCGUCGUAUGCCCGUAAGUAUGCCCGUGAGUAAGCGCCAGGUGCACGUGGUUUUAUCGCUGGCAGGGACUAUGGCAGCAAGUUUGUGUCUUUUCAACCGGCGGCCAAAGGUGGGUGGGAAGGAACACACGGACGAGGAGUGAGGAGGGAGGAGGGAGGAGGGAGCAGGGGAGGGGUACGCGUGUCUGUCGUCCUUUCUUCAGCUGACGUGGUCGUCUUCCCUGGAGGGAAAUCUCAGGGCACCAUAGCAACAUACUCUGUAUACGGGACACACACACACACACACACACACACACAGAAGGAGCAGAGAAAGGAAUACCAUCCAUCCACGGUGCCUGUGCGUCUGUUGCUUCCUUCAGGACUUGUGCAUCCAGGACUCUGGGUGCCACUGCGUGUACCUCUCCCACGCCCACAUCACAGACAGCCCCGCCGGCCCCGAGAUGAUCCGCCUCAACUUCACCGCCACAUACGCACAGCCACAGCCGGCAGGCUCUUUCCUCUUCGGCUUCACUCGGGGGCCGGCCGACCUGACGAGGGUGCAGAAGAACCCCACCUCUGGUGGACCGGCCUCGGGAAUGGAGAACAUCCUGCCGCGGGGCUACAAAAUGGAGGUGCCACAUACAUUCUACUUCGGGAGAAUGGGUUUUAGGAACAUUGGUACGGAGGGACGGAGUGGGUGGGAUGGGAUCGUGUGGGAUGGUGUGGUGUGCUGCGAUGUGGUGUGGUGGCUGCCGUCUCUCUCUCUCUCUCUCUCUCUCUCCCUCUGCGUGUGUGUGUGUGUGUGUUGUGUGUGUGCAGGUUAUAUUGAGUUGCGUGAGGUGCAGAAGAACGUGGAGAUGAUCCAACGAGGCGCCACCAACCUCGAUUUCGCGUACACACACUGCACACACACACACUGAGUGAGGCGCUUUAUCCUCUCUCCUCAUACCCGCGUGAUGUGGCCGUCUGUCUGUCUGUCAGUCUCUCCCACACCUAUGACUUCACCCCUGCCGGUGUGCCGUCGGCCAUCGACCAAUCCGGCACACCAAAUGCCACCACUAGUGGACCAACGGUAAGGCAGGGCAGGGCAGGCACACACACGCAGAGGGAGACCGCCGAUGGGAUGAUGUGUGUGUGUGUUUGUGUGUGUGUGUCGUCUGUCUGUUUGUGUGCUGUGGUGUGUCAGGUUCUGUCCUUCGGCUUCAGGGACUUCUACAUCCCGCUGACACAAGCCUAUGAGGGCAUGUGGAGCCCUUUCGCCCUCGUCUCUAUGGCGGUAGGGAUGGAUGGAUGGAUGAUGGAUGUGUCUCUGAGUGGCGUGUGUGUGUGUGUGUGUGUGUGCCGUCUGUGCCAGAUAUUGGUCACGACGGCCUUCAACAACUUGAACCUUUAUUCCAUCGUCUUCCCGCCCAAGGUCAACCCGAUCUCAGUGCAGCGGGAGCCAAACCCGGCGCUGCAGUCCUUGUGCGCCUGCUUCUCGUGCUGCAGAAGACGACCAAAGGUGAGUGAGGGCCCUGAGGGGGAAAGAAAGGCCUCUGACGGGCUCUUUGACUGACCUUCCGCUGUGUGUGGUGCGUGUGUGUCUCACUCAGAGUGAGCGGAGGCUGUCCGGUGAUGAUGGUGGUGUGGACCAGCUAGUGUGACGGGUAGCUAGCUGUCUGUUGCCAUGUGGUCGAUGGACGGACGGUACAUAGCUAAGCUGAUGGACAGCCUGACGUGUGUGUGUACCCAUGAUGGUGUGAAGGGAUUUUCUCGUCGCCCGGUGGAUGGCAGGGCAGAGAGUGCAGUGCAUCACACAG